UUCCAGACCUGGGACUCCUGUGUCCCCUGUGCAUUGUCAGGACACAUGGCCAGAGCUGGUGGGAAUCCUGGGGUUUGGGGGAGCUUGGUGCUAUUGGGAGUGUGUGGUUGCACUGUGGCCAGGGCAGCUGCUCUGAACCCAGUGAGAACCCUGAGGGUGGAAGCUCAGACCAACAGCUCCAUCAAUGGUAUUAGGUGCAUUAGAUAUGGUGGCAUAAAUGAGACCCAGAAUACAAUAGACAACAAUGUUACCAUGGGUGGACUGGACCCUGGAUCCUCAUAUGAAUGUUCUGUGUGGGCAGAAAAAAAUGGAGUCAAUAGCACGUGGGACAUGCUCAAUCAUUUCACAGCCCCUAACCCAGUAAUGAACCUGUCUCUGGUGACUCAGACUAAUGAUUCCAUCACCCUGAGCUGGGGGACCUCCCAGGGUCCAGACUUUCAAGGUUAUAACUACAGCGUGCAGUGCACUGGAAAUGGGGACAGAAGUGAGACCCAACAUGUAGAAAACACCAGCAUCACAAUUGAGAAGCUUGAGGCUGGGACCGUGUACAGCGUCUCUGUGUGGGCCAAUAAGAACGGAGUCUCAAGCUUCCCGAAGACCCUAAACACCUCCACAGCUCCCAAUGAAGUGACACAUCUACAGAAUGAAAGCCUUACCAACAGCUCAGUGACCCUGACAUGGAAUCCCCCUGAUGGCCCCUAUUCUCAUACCUACACCUACUGGGUCCAUUGGGCCAGUGAAGAGGAGCCCCAGGGAAAGCAAGAUCCUGUAGGACAUGGAGCCAAAUCCAAAGCUAAAACCAAUGAGUCUUGGUAUGAGGUCACGGCCCUCAGGUCUGGCACUUUGUACAACUUCAGCGUGUGGGCAGAAAGGAACCAUGUGCCCAGUUCCAUACAGAGCCUUCAGGUACCCACAGCACCAGUUGCUGUCAACAUCAUCUCUUGCAUCAGCACCUCUGGAGGUUAUGGUGUCAUCCUGAAGUGGUCCUGCCCAUCUGGAGGUUAUGAGACCUUUGAGGUGGAAGUGGGCAGGCAACGGAGCACCCAGGAUGGAUCUUUGUGUGAGAAGGGUGUGUCUGUGUCAGAUCUUAGCCCAGCUCAAUCCUACACAGCCACCGUCACAACUGUCUUUAAUGGACUGAGGGUCCAGUCCAUCUCUAUGACCUGCAACACAGAGAGCACAGGGGUCAUUGCUGGAGCCAUCGUGGGCACCCUUCUGCUUUUCAUCCUUGUGGGCCUGCUGAUUUUCUUCCUGAAGAGGAGAAGAAAGAUGAGGCAGCCAAAGGAAGUGCCCAAGGCUCUGGUGUCCAGCUUCCCAGGGGAUAUCCUGGCCAAAGACUUUGCUGAGCACAUCAAGGAGAAUGAGAAGGACAGCAACUAUGGAUUUGCUGAGGAGUAUCAGCAAUUGGCUCUGGAGGGACAAGGCCAGUCUCAGAUGGUAGCAUUGGCUCCAGAGAACACAUCCAAGAACCGCUUCAGGAAUGUACUGCCUUAUGACUGGUCCCGGGUUCCCCUGAAGCCCCGCCAUGAAGAACCAGGCUCCGACUAUAUCAACGCUAGCUUCAUACCUGGUCUCUGGAGCCCCAAGGAGUUCAUUGCAACCCAGGGUCCCCUGCCUCACACUGUGAGUGAUUUCUGGCGUUUGGUGUGGGAGCAGCGGAGCCACACCGUGGUCAUGCUGACCAACUGCAUGGAGUCUGGACGGGUGAAGUGUGAGCAUUACUGGCCUCUGGAUGCUCAGCCCUGCACUCAUGGGCAGCUGCAGGUGACGCUGAUAAGUGAGGAGGUGACAGAGAACUGGGCAGUGAGGGAUCUUCAGCUCUUCCACAUGGAGGAGCAGCAGACUCUCUCUGUGCGCCAAUUCCACUACCUGGCCUGGCCAGAUCAUGGAGUUCCUUACUCCCCAGACCCCUUGCUGGCUUUCCAAAAGGUGCUUCGGCAAUGGUUGGACCACACCAUGGAUGGAGGCCUGCCCAUUGUGCAUUGCAGUGCCGGGGUGGGCCGGACAGGCACCCUCAUUGCACUGGAUGUCCUGCUCCGGCAGCUGGAGUGUGAGGGGCUGGUGGGUCCCUUCAACUUCGUGAAGAGGAUGAGAGAGAGCCGGCCACUGAUGGUGCAGACAGAGGCCCAGUAUGUGUUCCUCCACCAGUGCAUCUUGAGAUCCCUCCAGAAGUCAGCUCCGGACCUCGUCCCGAAGGAGCCAGUGUAUGAGAAUGUGGCCAGCCUCAUCUAUGAGAAUGCAGCUGCCAUCAGAGCCCAUGACUCUGAGGUUUCCGCUUCUGGGUGCUGAGCCUACACACAGACAUACUCAGGCCAGAUCUGGACCCAUGCUGGAGCCCAGAUACCUGGACCUCCAAGACAAAUGAGGGUUGGAGGCCCAGCAUCUCCAUCCCUGUGGUAGAAGACCAUUGGAUGCCUCUCUCCUCUUGUCCAAGGGCAGGAAGAGUCUGAUGUACUUCAACUUGUGAGCCUGGGGGCUGGGAGCCUGGGGUGGCAGGUUCUGUUCCUUGAGCGGAGGUGGGUGUGGCCUGGGUAUCCAGGGUCUCAAAGAAACAGGCUGGACCCUGGAGUCAGAAGAAGGAAUCAGGGUCUAGAAUUCUGCUGCCUGAGGAGUAAAGGCAAGUGGGUAACUGCCCCCUUUUUACUUUAGAAACCAAACCAGUCUCCUUUAAUCGGGGUCUGAAGGGAGUUCCUCUGCUUGUGGUUUCCCCGUGCCCCAUGUCUGCACAUUAUUUCCUUCUGUAUAAUUUAUUAAACUCUUCCCACUGAAAGUGGUUUUUAUCUA